AUGACAAUCAAGAUCCUGACAAAACGAUACAUCAUCGUCGAACCUCUCGCCCAAGUUCAAGGCCAGAACGAAUUGGUCCUGAGCAAUCAUGUGGACAUUGUCGAGGCACAAACCAUCUCCUCGCUGGUCGAGGUCAGCCACCGGGAUGAGAAUGACGACUCGAACAAGAAGCUGAUGCUGGAGCGAUACUGGAGACAGACAUACGAUAUGAAACAAAAGGGCGACAAUGCCUUGAGCAAACUAAGACGAUUUUGUAUCUGCGGUGGUUAUGGUGACCCCAAUACGGAGAUGUAUCAACGCCUAAAGGUUGGCUGCGGCGUGUGGAAUCAUCAUGCAUGCCUGAUUAGGGCUAUGGAAGAGACGGCAUGGGCGAAGUUCCAAAAGGAGGUUCAUCUCGUCAUAUGA